AUGGCAGCAGCCGCAUCGGCGCGGUCAACUGUGGCGACAACCUCCACUUGUGUCGGCGCAAAGGCAUCAACAGCUACCCCAGCCUCUACAUCUUCUCAGCCGGACAGGUCGGCGCCGCGCUCGUUUGCCAGGGAAAUGGAUGGCAUCAUCCGCAUCGGCGCGGUCAACUGUGGCGACAACCUCCACUUGUGUCGGCGCAAAGGCAUCAACAGCUACCCCAGCCUCUACAUCUUCUCAGCCGGACAGAAACCGGAGAAGUUCCACGGCGAGCGCGUCAAAGACGAUCUGGUGACCUUCAGCAUGCGGUUCAUCAAGACCAGCGUUGUGCAGCUGCGGCAAGGCGACGUGUUCAAAGAGAUGGAGGGCACCUUUGCGCAAGGCCUGAGCUGGCUCAUCACUUUCUGCGCCGACACGGGAGAUUGUCUGGAGCACAGGACCCGACAGAAGCUGGCGUCCAUGCUGGACGGCCUGGUGAGGGUCGGCUGGGUGGACUGCAGCGCGCAGCCGCGGCUCUGCCAGAAUUUCCAGGUCACUGGCGGAGCGACUGCUCUGUUCCCGCCGGGAAGUGCGCUGGAUAAGGAAGGCGGCGUGCUGUGGUUGAACACUCUGGACAGCAGGGAGAUCUACGCUCGGGUCCUGCGGCACCUGCCCGACUUGGAGCUGCUCACGGCCGACAACUUCCACCUGAAGUUGGCCCGUCAUCGCUGGUUGAUCUCGUUCACGUUUGGAGAGCGCGGCCAAGGCGCGGACGAGUACAAGAAGCUGCGGGCCUUCCUCCGCGAUGACCACAUCCAGGUGGGCCGGGUAGACUGCCUUGUGGACUUCCAGCUGUGUCAGUCCAUGUACGUCCACAAAGCCUGCGUGGCCGUCUUCAAAGGCCUGGGCGUCCACGACUUUGAGAUCCAUCACGGCAAGGACGCCGUCUACAACAUAGUGGCUUUCGCCCGGGACAGCGUGCGGGCUCACGUGACCACUCUGAGGCCCGACAACUUCCCCUCCGACAGGAAGGAGCCCUGGCUGGUGGACUUCUUCGCCCCCUGGUGCCCGCCGUGUCGAGCUCUGCUUCCCGAGUUGAGGAAAGCGUCCAUCCGGCUGGCGGGACGCGUCCGGUUCGGCACCUUGGACUGCACCGUCCACCUGGACCUCUGCUCCAUGUACAACAUCGAAGCGUACCCCACCACCGUCAUCUUCAACGGCUCCUCCGUUCACGAGUACGAAGGACGACAGUCGGCCGACGGCAUCCUGGAUUUUGUGCAGGACCUGGUCAACCCGUCCGUGGUGGUUCUCGAUCCCUCCAGUUUUGCCGAGAAAGUGACAGAUUUAGGCCAAGGCGAAAUGUGGGCCAUCGAUUUUUACGCACCCUGGUGCGGUCCGUGUCAGGCUCUGCUGCCCGAAUGGAGGCGCAUGGCGCGGAUGUUGUCGGGCCAGGUUCUGGUGGGUUCCGUGGACUGCCAGCGCUUCCAGUCGUUUUGCCAAAGUCAAAACGUGCGCUCGUACCCCGAAAUCCGCCUGUACUCGGGCGGCGGCAGGACGGCCUACCGCCACACGACUUAUAACGGCUGGCACAGAGACGCGCACACGCUGCGAACGUGGGCACUCAGCGCGUUGCCCCGAGCGUCACUGGAUCUGACGCCAAGCUCCUUCCGCUCUCUGCUGCUGGAGGGUCACGACCCCUGGGUGGUGGACUUCUAUGCCCCGUGGUGCGGACCCUGCAAACACUUUGCCCCCGAGUUUGAGGUUGUGGCUCGGGUCCUUAAAGGGGAAGUCCGGGCCGGUAAGAUUGACUGCCAGGCUCAUUAUCAGACCUGUGAAUCAGCCGGAAUCACUGCCUACCCCACGGUACGCUUCUACGAACCAGACCGGGAUGGCAACAGGCGCCCGCACGGCGGCGAGAGCAUCAACAGCCGAGAUGCAAACGUGAUUGCAGACGUCAUCAGACAGAGACUACAGCGCUCGUCGGGACGCUUGCACAACAAGAAGGAUGAACUCUGACGAAUGGGAUCGGGUCGAGCCACAAACACUACCGAGGCACAGAAGACACACUGGACUCUUGGCAUCAGCUACUUCUCUGCCUUCUUAUCUCUUCCUUUUUCUUUUUUUUUUUUUUUUAACAUGGACGUCUCUGUGAUUGGUAUUUACUCUGUGAGAUAAAACUAGGAGACGCUGUUACACACACGCACGCACACACACACAAUAAUCCUGAAUGUACGCAAAUAAAACCAAAAUAUUCCU